AAGCGGAAAUGGAUAGACGUUAUUUUACAUAAAGUCUGCACUAUGUUAAAAGCUAAAUCAGAAGGAAGUUACCAGCACCACGCUAGAUGGGAGUGCUUCAGUGACAUGUGCGUGCUUUUCAGAAAAUCAGAACUCUUUAGAUUAGUACUAGGAAUAAUUACCAUGUUUAUUUUAUGUUUACCUGAAUUUUUCAAAAUCCAUGAAGCUCACACUUUAAUUGUGUCAUGCGUGGAUACCUGUUCAUCAAAUAACACCACUUUUCCCCUUUGUACUUUCAACGAUUCUUGCAAAAUGUCAAUGCAACAAAGAGAAAACUGGACUGUUUUACUGAAGGCCAUUGUAAAUCAUUCCAGUUUUCAAAAUAUUCCAUGUAUUUGCCAGUCCCCCAGGAGAGAACAGCAGUCCCACACCAAACACACAGAGUGUGAAUCCAAGAGAGGUAUGAUUAUUGAUCAUCAAGGAUCAGAGCCAACAGCUAAAAAAAUUCCAAAAGCAAAAGGCUCACUUGAAGUGAAAGCAGAAGAUGUUAUUUAUUUUUCUAAAUAUUUUAAUUUCACUACGGUUUCUGAGAAAGAAGAAGUACAACAUAAUACUUACUACCUGCUGGAAAUCCACAUCAACAAUUCUAUAUUCAGAGGAAGAACUGCAGCCAAAGAACACCUAAAUCAUUCCUGUCUAGCAGCAAUGAUGGAAGACCAAAAUGUCUGUAUAAAUAUUUCGCUGCAACUGAAGUCUUACACAGAAUAUCCAAUGUGUAUGGCGAAGAUUGUUUGGCUUAUUAUGAUUCCAGUAGUUUUUGUGUUUACUAUUUCAAUUGUCAUCUACAAAAUAGUCCAAGAAAAUGAACAAAACUAUUGUAAACACAGAGUAACAGCAGUUUUUACUAUUCUAAGAAGAAGGAGUUCUAGACAUGCAAGAAGAACCAUUUCUGCUACUAGAAUUCAUCCUUUUCCUGAGAAAACCAGCGAACAACAGAUUCCACUUACUGCACAGACCUCAAAGAUACUGCCCAUAAUUCCUGAACAAGAGUAUUGUCAUGUGGGUGCAGCAACUGUAGAAGAGCUCAGAAGUGAUAGUGCUGUGGUUAAAGCCAUCAUAAAAUUGGGUGUGAUGCUGCUGAAGGCAGAAGUUCCUGCCAGUGCUGACAUACUGGGUUUGCCAGUUGGCCAUUCUUGGAAAGAAUCAUUUUUUAUGCUUUCACAAAUUCCUGUAGAUAACUAUGAAAAAAAGAUAUAUGCCCACAUGCAGCUUUGA